AUGUCUAUUUAUCCAUUUUUUGAAAUUCAUCUUCAGCUUUCCAGCAUUGCUCUUGCUCCCGAGUUCCUUUCCCUGCGUGGACACCAGUUCCGUCUUCCUCGUGUACGUAACGAGUCCCAUCCAGAAGCUUUGCAUGCUGCUAAGAUAGAAGACACCUUGACAUUUUCCUGCGUCCUAUCAAAUGAAUCCCCCAUCCCUGGCGCAGUAAGCACUUCUGCUGCCGUCACUUCUACCUCAGUCUACGUCCUCGGCCGACCAGUCCCGUCAGAAACUAUCGAAACUUCACCUCUUUCAAGCUUGAGGCAAAACCAAAUGGGAGCUGUCUCCUCUCGGCUCACUCUUUCCCAGCCUCACUGUCCUGCCGGAAGGCUGGGACAUGCAGACAACUUACAGCAGGUCGAUACACCUGAGGCAUUCGUCGCUCCUGAACCUUAUUCAGUUGGCCUGUCGCAAGGUUUUGUCUUAGGCAACGAAGUUCUAGCGCCAUCAACAGUCGUUUUAUGCGAGGCCGAAACAGAGCCCCAACGUCCUGGUAUCCUGGGUUCAUUGCGCAACGAAGCGGCGGAAGCCUCAGAUUCUCGUUUCUUUCUCUCUUUAUCUGGGGAUGAAAAGCAGCUGAAUCAUGAACUUAAUACACUCUUGUGUAUGUAUUUAUCUUCAAUUUUUAAAACAAAAAUUUGGGAGCUAUUUAACCUAAUUUUUGCUUUAUGA